AUGCGAAAUCUACGGAAUUCGAGGCAUUCCCUCGUCGAGUUUCCUACUGACUCUCUACCACCAACUGCUACGACAUGGGAUCCUGCUACUGAUGGAAUUAUUGCCGCUUUUGGUCCUUCGUCUUCUAGCCCCGUCAUCGAACUCAGACGCCUAGCCAAGGAUUGUUACUCUGCUCACGAUGCAAAGCAAAUUGCUUCAUGGGAUGCUCCCAGUCCUUUGCCCGAUAUUCCUGUGGACCACAUCUUGUCGUUACAAUACUUUGCUGACACUGCGACUGUUUGCUUGAUCUUGGCUGGUGGCGAUAUUGUCAUUGUCAGAGAGGAGCCACUGCCUGGAGAGGACCUCAUCGAAAUUGUUGGUUCAGUCGAUGAAGGCAUUGCUGCUGCUGCAUGGUCACCCGACGAGGAAUUGUUGGCCAUAAGCACUCGCGCCAAUACUUUGAUUCUCAUGACCCGCGACUUUGGAAGCAUCGCCAACGUCACUCUCUCGCCCGAAGAUGUCCAAGUUUCUGCCCACGUCUCCGUUGGAUGGGGAAAGCGUGAGACGCAAUUCCAAGGAAAGAGAGCCAAAGCGCUCAAGGACCCAACCGUGCCGGAACAUGUUGAUGAGGGGCAGCUUAGUUCUCUCGAUCAAAUGCAGACUACCAUCAGCUGGCGUGGAGAUGGUGCAUAUCUGGCUGUCAACUCUGUUCAGGACGGAAAGCGACGUAUGAUCAGAGUUUACUCGCGAGAAGGUGUGCUAGACAGUGUCGGUGAGCCUGUAGAUGGACUCGAAGGCGCUUUGAGCUGGAGACCUGCUGGAAACCUCAUGGCUGGUAUUCAGCGUCGAUCUGACCGUGUGGACGUGGUCUUCUUUGAACGUAAUGGCUUGCGUCAUGGUGAAUUUUCGCUUCGCUUAUCCGCAGAGGACAUGGAGAGCUGGGCUAGUGCUAUUUCUCUUGCUUGGAACAGCGACUCUACUGUCUUGGCUGUUUCGUUCAAAGACAGAAAGCCACUCUACCUUUCUACGUCGUCCGGCAUUUCCCUACAGCUGCUCUCAUAUGUAUUCACAGUACCAAAGAGCUCGACAACACCGCCAUACGACCUGGGUCUUACCUCCGUUAUCGAUGGCCUUAACCUUAAGAUCACGCCGCUCAGGGUAGCCAAUGUACCACCACCCAUGGCUUUUGCGGAGCUAGAGCUUGGUGCAAAUGCCAUCGAUGUUGCUGUUAACCAAUCGGCAACCAAGAUUGCAGUACUGCAUCAACAUGCCGUUUCAUUUUAUGAGCUUAACUACAGUGUCAGGCCGUUCCAGCAACCAAAGCUCUUGCGUGGGGCCUCGAUGGCAGGACAGAUCCCCCGCCAAGUCGCAUUCUCUGGAGACGAUUCCAUCUCAGUGCUUUGCAGCGAGCCAAACACCCAGGCCGAUAACAUCAUCGAGCUAAAGGUUUCCGACGAUGAAGCCUUUGAAUCGGCUGAAUUGAGUUCCGGUGCUAGCUCUCUGUUUUCGGCUGUAGACUUUUCGAGUACCUGCUACGAGGAUGCACAUGGUGGCGUGUAUGAGCUCGGUACUGCCGCUUCUUCUUCGCUACUCGCCAAACUUCCCGUACACUGUCCUUGGAGCGAGGUCUGGAGGGAUGACGAAACAACGAUUGUAUUUGGCCUCACGGCUGGCGGUACCUUAUAUGGCUACCGCAGGUCUUCGGGUGAUUUGGAGGCACAGGAGUGUCUUCAGAUCCGCAACUGCACCUCAUUCUUGACUACUCCUGCUCACCUCAUCUUCACUACGACUCAACACCUGCUCAAGUUCGUUCAUCUCCACCAAGGUGAUUUAGAGAUUCCUCAGGACGAGCCUGAGAAGGACGAACGUUGCCGUAGCAUCGAGAGAGGCGCAAAACUAGUGGCAGUCAUGCCUACAACUUUCUCUCUGAUUCUUCAGAUGCCAAGAGGCAACUUGGAGACAAUUUACCCACGUGCUCUGGUUCUUGCUGGCAUUCGCAGAAGCAUUAGUGCCAAAGACUACAAGACUGCCUUCUUCGCUUGCCGCGGCCAGAGAGUUGAUAUGAACAUUCUCCACGACUAUGCACCACAGCAGUUUAUGGCCAAUGUUCUGUUGUUCUGCAAGCAACUCAAAAAAGCCGAAAACAUUGACUUGUUCCUUUCGCAACUACGGGAUGAUGACGUUGCAGAGACUAUGUACAAAGAGACACUGAACGCCCCGAAGCUGGGUCUACACGGCGACAGCCCGAACGAGACUCAAGAGGCCAUUGUUGAGUCUCGGGGUUCUAAGAUCAACAGAGUCUGCGACGCUUUCUUAGACGUGUUGCAAAACCGAACAUCUACCCACUUACAAAACAUCAUCACGGCACACGUGUGCAAGUCGCCUCCUGAUCUUGAUGCCGGCUUGUCUCUGAUCGCGAAGUUGCAAGAAGAGCAACCCGACUUGGUCGAACGCGCAGUCGAACACAUCUGUUUCCUCGCCGAUGUCAACCAGCUCUACGAUCAUGCUCUUGGUCUGUACGAUCUUGACGUUGCAUUGCUCAUCGCUCAGCAGUCACAGAAAGAUCCAAGAGAGUAUCUUCCUUACGUUCAGGGCCUCGGUAAGAUGCAGCCACUUCGUAGACAGUUCACAAUCGACCACGACUUGAAGAAGCACAACAAGGCUCUUGGUCAUCUGUUCACCAUGGAUGAAUUCGAUGAGCUCAAGGCCUAUAUGGCUAAGCACGAGCUCUACAGUGAUGCUAUGCAUCUCUACAGAUACCAGGCUCCGCGAUUGAACGAGAUCAUGAGACUGAAUGCCGACUACCUGAACAGUCGCAACCGCUACAAGGAGGCAGGUAUCGCCUACGAAUACCUCAGUGAGUACACCUUGGCGUUCGAGGCCUACCGAUCUGCAAAUGAGUGGCGCGAAUGUCUUUCCUCGGCCACUCUUGUACCUCUGCCUGAAGACGAGCUUAUGGCUGUGGGUGAAGCUUUUGCCGAAGCACUCACAGAGUCAAAGGAGCAUUACGACGCAGCAACUGUUCACCUUGACUAUCUCAAUGACAUCGAGGGUGCCAUCAAAUCCUUGUGCAAGGGAUACUACUACGCGGAAGCUAUUCGAGUUGUUGGCCUGAAACGACGAGCAGAGCUCAUUGCAGAGGUUGUUGAUCCAGGUUUAGUAGAAGGGUCUGCAACCAUGACAGAGCUUCUCGCAGAGAUGAAGGGCCAACUCAAUGCUCAGGUACCGCGACUGAGAGAGCUAAGGCAAAAGAAGAAAGAAGACCCGCUCGCCUUCUUUGGAGGCGUUCCUGCAGAUGGGCCAGAUAUUCCUGACAACAUCUCGCUCGCACCGACCGAAGCUACGACUUCGGCUGGUACCUUCAUGACCCGCUACACAAACCGCAGUACUGGCACUCUGGCCUCCAACGCAACCCGCAAGACAUCAAAGAACCGCCGACGUGAAGAGCGUAAGCGAGCUAGAGGCAAGAAGGGUAGCGUGUACGAGGAAGAGUAUAUUGUCAACUCGAUUGGACGUCUCAUUGAACGCUCAAACAGCGUUAGUGAGGAAGUUACCCGUCUUGUCGAAGGACUAAUGAGGAGAGCGAUGAGAGAGCGUGCUGUCGCUGUGGAAAAUGCCAUGGCUGAAGUUGUCGAGUUAUGCAAGGCUUGCAUUCCUGAAGUGUUCCAGGUCAAGCCGACGCAACCUGUCAAUGUCGAGUCCGGCGAGAUCAAUGGGGAUGAUGAGGCUGGGAGGCCCACAGUUGGUGGCCAAGCUGUGUUCUUCGAUGCCAUGGAGGCGAAUCAGACCAAGCGAGAUCCACCAGUAGUCAAGGCUUUCUCUAGACUUUCGUUACUUGGUUAG